UGGAAACUGUGUGAGGAAAAGAGACAAGCUGGUAGAUGUUUCAUGUGACAGUACUAUGUGGUUCAUCUGCUAUGAUGGAAUGAAGAAAGACAAUAAAACAUAUUUGAUUGAGGAGAAGAAGAACUGGACAGAGGCUCAGAGCUACUGCAGAUAUAAUCACACUGACUUGGCCAGUGGACUCGAUCAGGUAGAUGGAAAAGAAAUUGAGGCCCUUAUGAAGUCGAAGGCAACUCCUUUUAGAGCAUGGGUCGGUCUGUUCAGAGACAGCUGGAGGUGGUCAGAUGGGAGUAAUUCCUCUUUCAGAUACUGGGAUAUGGAGUUAUUCAAUGAUGAACAAAGCAACAAGACAUGUGCUAUGACUCUGUUAAACAGAUCAGGAAACUGGAGCUCUGAUGAAUGUGACAAAGAAAAACCCUUCUUCUGUUAUGAUGAUAAAUUGAUCCUGAUCAAAGAAAACAAGACCUGGAAGGAGGCCUUGGAUUACUGCAGAGAGUCUCACAGGGGACUGGUCUCCAUCACUAACCUUCAAGAGCAGGGAUGGGUCCAAUACAAAGCCAAGAAUGCAUCGAGUCCUUAUGUCUGGCUCGGCCUGCGCUACUCCUGCACUCUGGAUCUGUGGUUCUGGAUCAAUGACAAGGUGGUCUGUUAUGAGAAGUGGAGCAGAGAGGGAAAGACUGAGGAGUGUGGCAGGGCUGUGGGCAUGAUGAGAGGAGGACAGUAUGAGUGGGUCAGUCAGAGAGACAAUGAGACAUACAAUUUUAUUUGUUCUGCUGAAUAAGAUUUAAUCAUAACUUAAAGAUUUCACUCUGAGGUAAACUUCUUUGAUUGUUUAGUUUCGUAUUUUUUGACUUUUCAUGUUCUUCAUUAAAUUUGGUUUCCUUAGUUUCUUCUUGACUGUCUGAUUCAGUGAUAUUAGACUUACUUACUUCACAAUUGCUGCAUUAUUCAGUUUUUACACUUUUAUUGUUAGAUGUUUUGUUUAUUAUAUUUGCUGUUAUCUUUUGAGUAUAUAAAUAGCAAUUGAAUAAAUAUAAAUAAAGUAUUUUAAUAUUUUUAAUCUUUAAUAUUUACCAUAUGAUAUAAAUCAUCUCACUGAGAAUUCAGGACAAUUCAUGGCAAAAAGACUUAAAACUACUCUUUUUUUCAUAAUUAUGUAUUUGAAGCGACAUGUUGUAAACUGAUCAUUUGCGUCUGUGAGGACAAAUAAACUGAGUUGCAGGUGUAACAGUCUACACUACUUACAGUAGUUCUCUGAGCACCUAUUUCUACACAGAUUAGCAUAUUAAUAUUUAUUUUAAAUCAUUAGGAAACCAAUUGCACUGUGUUUUCAAAUAACAUUUAAAAUUUGCCAACACAAAACUCUCCAACAGACACACAGAGUGAACUGAAACAGAGUUCAUGACAACAUCUUUUCUAGUGUUUUAAGACAUUUUCCACCAAUAGAAACCUUCCACUUGUGGUUCAUUCAUGGCAAGCUUUCACCUGGGGUGAGAGUUGAAUAUUUCAGCUGUGAAGCUCCAAGAUUUAAAGCCACCACAUCUACAGCAACAACAAAGGAGUUGAAAAAGCAACAAAUAGCAGCGUUAACCACAGACCUCUCUAAAGACAAAUAUGAGCUAUUAAAAAGAAAGUCAUCAUUUAAAUCAAUGUAUUUAAUUGUUAUUUCACUGUAGUGUAGUUCAGAAACCAAAACAAAUUCGAGAGUAUUCACAUAGACUAUGACAGCCAAACAGUACCAUCUAGUGGCUUUACAGGUUCGCACCAGAGUAAACAUGUAUUACAUUUCUAAUGCGUGUACAGAUGUGACUGUUACACUUUAUCCACAGCAAAUAAUACACUAUGCUAAUGUGAUUUUACAGGUUUCUACUACAGACCAUGUUAGGAAACACAAAUAUUUAAGUCCUUCCCCAACUCACCUAUGGUGGGCUUUUUAAAAUGUAAAAUGAGUGCUAAAGAAACCUGUGCAUGAAGAUAGAAGUGAAAUGUUUGGUGUAAGUAACCAGGUCAAACCAGAUCUUUUAUAGGAUGUGAGCUGGAAAGAGUAGGAGUUU